CUCAGUUCUGUAUUUCUUGGGUGGGACAGAGGAAACAUUAUACAUUUUGCCAUCAGGGGAAACAGACGGCAGAUUCUUCUUCUCUGCUCAUUAUACCAACAAAGAAAAGAGUAAAAACAGCAAGCAAUUGACAACAAUGGACCAAUACCAUUAUGUGAAGGAUGAGGAUGGUGGUGCGCUCCAGAUCAGUGAGACUCCACCCACUCCCCGGUUGGCUGUCUCUAGGUUCAGACGCUGGUUAUUUCCUGCUGUGACAGCCGUGAUCCUGUUGACUGUGAUCAUAUUCCUGGGAGCUAACAACAUGAAGGUGUCAAAUCAACUGUGGUCUAUAGAGCAGAGACUUUCCAACCAGUCGCAGCAUUCCUCAGUGCCUCAGGUUCAAGACGUAAACACGUCAAAUCGUCUAUCAUUUGUGGAGCAGAGAGUUUCCAACCUGAUUGAUGUCAUCCAAUUACUGAAUGACUCACUGAAGCAUAUUCAAGACACAGACACAUCUAAUCGUCUAUUAUCUGUGGAGCAGAGAGUUUCCAGCCUGACUGAUGCCACCCAAUUACUGAGCAACUCAAUGCGGCAUACUGAAGAAAUGGCUAAUGACCUUCAUCAGCUAAAGCUUGCUGUUGACAACAACAAGGAUCAGCUGACCUCAGUGACCAAGGCGCUGAAGAAGUUGUCGGUCAUUGACUCUCUCAGUAAGAGUGUUGCUGCCAUCGAAUAUAUCAUCAACCUCAUCAUCAACAACAGAAUCUGUUGUCCUCUGGGCUGGACUGCGUUUGAGUCCAGCUGUUACUUCUUCAGCAAUGAGUCUCAGUCCUGGAAUGAGUCCAGAGACUGGUGUGAAACACAGCAAGCCCACUUGAUCAUUCUCCACACUGACAUGCAGUGGGACUUUGUGACCAAUCAAACAAUUCCUCAGUAUUUCUGGGUCGGUUUGUCUGACUGGAGAACUGGGAGUUGGGAGUGGGUGGAUGAGACACCGUACACUGUGGAGCCCAGGCGGUGGAGACCUGGGCAGCCCGAUAACUGGGCCCAUCAUGGUCUAGGGCCCGGGAACGAAGACUGCGCUCACCUUCACAGUGAUGGACGCCUGAACGACCAGCACUGCUCCGUCAAGGAACGCUUCAUCUGUCAGAAAGACAACCUGAGAGUCUGAACACAUCUGCUGGCCAGGCCCCGCCCACUUCACAAAUAAGGAACCUCUCCAAUUAAAGAAUUCAGUUUAUUUGCUUUAAGCUUCAAAAUAAUGCUAAUACAUUGAAAACCCAAAUAAAUGAAGAUCAGACUCUUGCUCAUGUUGACAAAAGCCACGUAAUGUACAUAAUGAAACAUCCCAAAUGUUCUUUAGUAGACAUGAAACUGUGCAUCCACUUUCACCGUGAACAUAAAGAGAUGUCAGAUGUACUUUGUUCCAUACAGGCAUCCAAUGAAUCCUCCUAUUGAUCUUUUAUAUUCUUUCUCUAAAACACAAAUCACAUUCAUUGAAUCUUGCGAUCAUGUUAUUUUGUAAAUCACACCUCAUUUCUUAAUAUUUUUCUACUAUGAUGGGUAACAGGUGCAAUUGAUUAAAACGUGUCAGGGAGGAAAGUGCAAGAUCUCUAAGAUGUGUUGCAGUGAGAAGUCAUGACAUACAAUAAAAAUGAG